AUGGGACAGCUGGAGUGGAACUGCGCCGCCGCGAGGGACCGGGCAGCUGGCAGCCCCGCCGAGAGCCGGGGGCUGCUGGCACCCCCCGGGGGCUCCGAGCAGCCGGGAGGGGAGCGCCCCGAGCGUGGGCCUUUGAGCUUUGCAGGCUCCGGGGAGCUGCGUCUGGUGGGCGGCGGCGGGCGCUGUGCCGGGCGCGUGGAGGUGAAGCACGGCGGUGAGUGGGGCUCCGUGUGCGCCUUCGACUUCGACUGGGAGGCUCGCUGGGCCGUGGUGGUGUGCCGGCAGCUGGGCUGCGGCCGGGUGGCCAGGGCGUCCCUGCACGCCCGGUUCGGGCCGGGCAGCGGGCGGAUCUGGCUGCAGCCCUUCUUCUGCAACGGCACCGAGGAUGCGCUGGAGCGGUGUCCUAACUUCGGAUGGGGACGGCAUUUCUGCGGCCACGAGCGGGAUGUGGGGGUGACCUGCACAGAUGCCGUGGAGCUGAGGCUGGCGGGCGGCAGCAGUCCCUGUGCCGGGAGGGUGGAGGUGAAGCUGCAGGGCCACUGGGGCACAGUGGGAGACGACAACUGGGACAUGGAGGACGCCGAGGUGGUUUGCCAGCAGCUGGGCUGUGGUUCGGCUUCUGGUGCCUUCUCUGCCCGUGACCGCUUUGGCGUAGGGGAUGGGCUGGUCAGCCUGGCCCUGGUGGACUGCAGAGGGGACGAGGCCACGCUCUGGGAUUGCAUGAUCCGUGGUUGGGGACCCUAUAACAGCAGCAUCCAUGGCUUGGACGCUGCCGUUGUCUGCCAAGGCUUUUCCCGGCUGGUUGGUGGCGAUGGAUCCUGUGCCGGGCGGCUGGAGGUGCGUCAGGGCCGGGCCUGGGUCGGUGUCUGUGAGGAUCAGGUGGAUAUGAAGGUGGCCCAGGUGGUGUGCAGGGAGCUGGGCUGUGGUGAGGUGAUCGCCAUCGCCGGCAGUGGCCGUUUUGGGGCAGUGUCGGGAUCGCUCUGGGACGGGGGUUUCCAGUGCAAUGGCACCGAGCCCCGUCUCAGCGCCUGUGCCUGGCGUCCGGCAAAGAGCCCGGGCUGCAGCGGCCCUGGCAGCGUCAUCUGCUCUUCCUACACGGGCUUCCGGCUGGGGAACGGCAGCUCGGGAUGCUCCGGGCGAGUGGAGGUGGCAGUGAGGGGGACGUGGGGCUCCGUGUGCGCCAGCGAGUGGGACCUGGCCGAUGCGCACGUCCUGUGCCGCCACGUGGGCUGCGGCCGCGCCCUCAGCGUGCUGCCGGGAGGCUCCUUCGGCAGCGGGGAGGGGCCGCUGCGGCCGGACACCUUCGGCUGCAGCGGGAGCGAGCGGCACCCGGGCCAGUGCCCCGUGGCCGUGCUGGGGAAGCCGCCCUGUGCUCCCGGGAACGCCGCCGCCGUCAACUGCUCAGGCGCUGCUGAGUCCCUGCGGCUGGUGAAGGGUGAGACGUGGUGCGAGGGGUAUCUGGAGUCGAAGACAAGUACCGAGGCCUGGCGCCGUGUUCCAGGAGAGGUGACGCUCCUACGGAAUUUUAGCAAUGUGUGUUCGAAGCUGGGCUGUGGAGGACUGGAGAAGAGUCAUGGUGUCCCUGGGACGUCCAUCCUGUUCAAUAUCAACUGGCAGGAGAGGGGCAUCUUGAAAGCGGUGAUCAGAGACAUUGUGCAGAUGACCACUGAUCUGUCUACUCGGACCAUAUCAGAGGAUUAUUUUGGGAGUGAUUACUGGUCCAUGACCACUGCACCAGCUGACGUCCCUCAUGGGACCUACCUUGUCUGCUCAGGCAGCCUGCGGGUGAGGCUGGUGGGGAGCUCUGGGCGCUGUGCCGGGCGUGUGGAGGUCUAUUCCGGUGGCAGCUGGAGCUGGGUGUGCCAGGAAGGCUGGGAGCUGCAGGACGCGGCCGUUGUGUGCCGGGAGCUGGGCUGUGGCACGGCGCUGCAGGCCCCGGGCUGGGCGCGCUUGGGUGGCGGCCCGGGGCCGCUGUGGCCGUACAGCCCCGAGUGCUCCGGCUCCGAGGAGUCUCUGUGGGAGUGCGGGCGCACGGAACGGCGCGAGUGCGGGCGCGGCGGCGGGGCAGGGGCCGUGUGCUCAGAGCAGCUCUCCGUGCAGCUGGCAGAGGGCCCUGGGCGCUGCCGGGGCUUCCUGGAGAUGUUCCACAACAACACCUGGGGCCGCGUGUGCGCCAACGGCACCAGCCCCGGCACCGCCGCCACCGUCUGCCACCAGCUGGGCUGUGGGCACCGGGGCUGGCUCACAGCUGUCUCCGCCCAGGAGCCGACCGAGGCCUGGCUGGCCUGGGUGGGCUGUGAGGACGGGGCCCGCUCGCUCUGGCAGUGCCCCUCGGCACCCUGGCACCUGGAGAGCUGUGGCACAGAUGUGCACGCCUAUGUGGAGUGUGAGGAGCACAGUGAUGGCACCACUGAGGGACACACUACCCCAUAUCCGGAGGGUGCCACCAGCACAGGUGUCCCCAGAAGGCGGCCCCGAGCGGUGGCCGUGGGGUCUGUGCCCGUGCCCACUGUGCUGUGCGUGGUGCUGGGGACGCUGCUGUGCCUGUCCCUGGGUGCCCUGGCCCUGCUGCUGUGCCGUGCCCGUGCCCGGCGCCGAGGCCCUGGCAGAGCUGCAGAUGCCAUCUCCAACGCUGUCUACGAGGAGCUGGAUUACAAAGCCAUGCCUGAGUACCAGGAGGUGCCUACUCCCCCAGGUUCCCUGUUGGAGGGAUGGGUGAAGAAGCUGCCGUAUGACACCGGGGACAGCGUGGCGGGCAGUGACACCGAGGCAGCCCCAGAUCCCCCUGCCCGGCCCGAGCAAGGACCGCCGGAUGGCUACGACGAUGUCGUGGGUGUGGCCCAGGAGCCCCCCGCUGGCAGCACUGGGGACAUCUCCGAGGGAGUGGCACGGCAGAGGUGGAUCUGUGUGCUGCCCACAGGUGGCAUCUACUCCCCUCCAGGUCCCCCAGGAGCCACCAGGGAGCCCUCGGAAGAGCCCCCUGGACACAUGGACUAUGAUGAUGUCGGCACCAGCACCCUGGGGACGUUGCCAUGAGGAUGUCCUGGCCAUGCCACAGCCCUGGGGACACGUGUGUGGCGGUGUGGUGGGGUCCUUGUCCCCAGGGAAGGCUGGCCGUGCCCACAGAGGUCAGCCCUUACUGUCCAGCGCUGCAGGAAAAGAGCUCCUGUACGGGAUUAUCUUUGAUUUCAGUGUGAUUUUCCCUUUUUUCCUAUUAAAAUCCAGACUGGUCAGAGACUCC